AUGCAACUGACAUAAUGUAUGUGUAUUGUAUUGAUUGAAAGUAUUAAAAUUAUUGAAAUUUGAAACGGAGUUAUAUCGCUCUAAAUUGUUAAGAAAUUAAUCGUUCCGCAACAUUUAAAAUAUAUUUCAGAUAAUGGGUUAGUUAACUUUCAUUAGGUGUUUUGGUAUAAUUAGUUGAUUGGUUAAUUUUCGUGAUCGCAUAAUUUGUUAAUGACCUAACAAUGGAACAUGAAAUAUCAUUUGAUUUUAGUUCUGUAGUAGACUCUCUUGUGAAUUUGUUUGGUGAUGUUUUGAGCAGAGACGUUAUCGAAACAAUUGUGGAUAGUUGUGGUGGAGACUUGAAUUUGUCUGCUGACGCCAUCAUGAAUGUUACAAGUGAAACCAAGCCUGGCCUGCAAAAAAAUGACUUCGCUAAUUCUAAAAAUUCUGACACCAAAGACGCAAUACCAUUGCCACUUGAAAGAACUACUACUCAAGAUAAAGCUAGCAGUUCUAAGCAGCCAUCAUCUGUUUCAUAUGCAGAAUCGAUUCAAACUACUGGAGCUGUACCCAAGCAGCAAAUUAAAUUCACCCAGCCUAAUAAGAAUUCUUUGUGGAAUGAACAAUUUUGUAGAAUUGUAUCAUAUCAUAACCGAGGAUAUCGUGUGUUAAUUCUGAUGAGAGGUUUGCCAGGUUCUGGUAAGUCAUUUAUAGCUAACAGAAUAAUUGAGGCUACCAUUGGAGGUUCAUUUGCUGAUUUGAAAACUCAUAUUUGUAGCACAGAUGAUUAUUUUAUGGUUGGAAGGAGGUACAAUUUUAAUAAACAAGAUUUACCAUAUGCUCAUUCUCUUAACCAUAAGCGAUCUAUAGCAGCUAUGGAACAAGGAUUGAGCCCUGUGAUUAUAGAUAAUACAAACAUAGAAAUUUGGGAAACUGAACCUUACGUAAAGGCAGCUGUUGCCAAUGGAUACAUUAUAGAAGUAGUAGAGCCGAAUACUCCAUGGGCUAAAAAACCGAACCAACUUUGCCGUAGAAAUGUGCAUAAUGUUCCUGUAACAUCUAUCAAAAGAAUGUUGAACAAUUAUAUCAAUAAUAUAACAGGAGAUUCUUUGAUAAAGAGUCUUGGAUUAAGUUAUCCAGCUGAUAAAGUGCCGCCGGUUAUUCGAGCGAUGCCUUUUUACCAGCCAACUUCACAAAACCCAGACCUAAUCCAGGCAAACAAUGUUAAUGAUUCUCCAUCAAGUAGUCAACAACCAGAACCGCUUGACACAUGUGAUAGCAAUAAUUCUUUAAGCGACUUUCACACAGUUGAACAAACACCAAUCCAAGCUAUAGAUAAUAAUGCCCCUCCAUCCACCAUAGCUUCAAAUAUUUCUACAGCUGCUUCUGGUCAAGUUUUAUCUUCCGGACAAAAUUGUACUGAUUCUGUAGCCAUAAAUAAGGAUGAAUAUAAAAAUAAUGAUGAAGAUAACUGUGUCAUCAAUUUAUAUAAAGAUGUACAACGACAGUUUGAGGAAAUUGAGAAAGUUGAACAAGAAUGGGAAAGUGGUGAAAACUGGGUAGCAGAACAUGAUGUUUCUACAAAUCCAAAUAAAAUCACUCAAAAUAUAGAAACCACUACGCCAAAACCGCAAAGAAAAAAACAAUCAGAAUCUAUUUCUGAGGAUAAGGUCUUAGGAAAUAUUGCAGGAUGUGAAGACUGGAGACAGAUAUCAAUGUUCAUGCCCUCUUGGGAUGAAACAGACAAACUAUCGUCCUGGUCAACAAAGCCUAAAAAUCAAUCUGUAGAAACUAUGACCAGCAGUACAUGUAUGGAAAUAGGCGACGCAGAAAAUAAUACUAAUAUGCUCAAAGUUCUUGCAGCUACUCCUAGAGAUAUCAAUCAGUUUAUAUUUUCCAUCAAUAAGGAAAAGAUUCCCGAAAAACGGAUGCUGGACAAAAGUAGUAUGACAAAUGAAAAUUUUAUUACAGACGCAACUAAAAGAUGUCAAAGUGAAGAAAAACAUUUUAAGGAGUUUAGAAGAUUAUUCAAACACGUUUCUAAAAAUGCAUUGAGGGACAUAUUUGACAAAUGCAUGGGGGAUGUCAACUGGGCAGUUGAAAUAGUUUUAGAUGGUGUGGAGUCCAAAGAACUUCCAAUUGAUAAUGAGUGUGCAUCUGAUGGAGAAGAAGAAGCAAAUACUAGUGACGAACAUUGUUCUUGUUUAGCCGCUUAUAACAUAUUACCUGAUAAAUCUUCAUCACAGAUUAAACUUGAAAAUGUUGAAUCACAAGAAGAAAGCACACCAAAAUUGAGUGGGAGCCCCACUAGACCACAAGGUCAAAAGAAACAGAAAAGAGACAACAUAAUUUCAGGUGAUUCACUGAUUUUAAAACGUUUGAUUGAAAAAAAUGUAGGAUUUUCAGAAAACCAUUAUUCAGAACAUUGUCUAAAAAUAAGAAAAAUUCGGCGUGGUGAAAAUGCUGGUAUCGCAGAAACUAUGAGUGAAAAUGACGAAAGUGAUAACGCUACAGCAUUGCCGGAUUCUACCUGUCAUGCAUCUGUGUCUCCUACUAAUGAACAACAAAGUGACGAUGAGGUUUCAAAUUCAAGUGUCGAUGAUGUUGAAAAGACUGUAGUCUUCAAUUUGGGAAAGGACUUUAUUGCCGAGUUAGACAUGUUAUUUGGACGAACAAACAUGACUUAUCCCGAUAAAGUUGUGCCUAAGAUAAAUAUUCCAUUAUCACUUCUGAAUGAAAUCAAUGCUUUGUGGAUGGAAUCUUUGAUGCAUCAGCUUGAUGAACACGAUAAGCAGACUACUAGAAUGUUGUCAGAAGAUGAAGAAUUAGCAAGACUGUUGGCAAUAAAAGAGGCAGAGUUGGCUCUGGCUGGCAAAGAACCUGAAGUUCCAGACUUUAAAGAAAUAAUGGAUAUGGAUUUUGCACUAUCAUUAUAUCAAAAGGAUGUUGCUGAAUGGCGAAACAAAAUUCCAGAUGAUCUAGCUGCAAAAUUGACCAGAGACAAAUUGUACAAUUUAUUUACCGAUAUACCAAAAGACAUAUUGUCAGAGCUUCUAUUGGCUCAUGACAAUAACUUCCAGACUACGGUUGAGGUCUUAUUGAUGUCAACUGGAAAAACCGAAAUUCUUGAGGACAAGAAUGGCUUAAACAAAUUCGUCCUGCAAAAAGAGAUGGAACGUCAAGAACGCAUUUUGGAAGAGGAAAGAAGAGCACUUUCGGAGGUGGAAUGGCCUCCUUUACCUCGCGGGGAGGUCGUCGAAAUGUCUGUAGUGAACGGGUACAGGGAGAAAGCUGAACGCCACCUGCUUAAUCGCAAUAUGCAAAAGACCCAUAUGAAAAAAUUUACAAAAUUGAUAAGAAAAAUUAAAAAUAAAACUGUGUAUAUUAUAAAAUUACUUAAAAAAUAACAUAGGAUUUGCUGAAUGUUUAUUUCAGACUGUUAUUUCCAAAACGAUGUAAUUUAUUCCAAUGUUUAAAAAAUACAUUGUCCACGUCAUCGUGGAUGUUGCGGAGAAUGGAGUUCCCACUUUCACGGAGCCUCUCCCAGAACGAAGCGGACCGCGAUCUGAGGAUACAGAAAAAUCGGGAACAUUUGCUUCAGCAAACAUUUCCUUGGCACUACAAUAUCGCGGUUUUUUGAGCAGGAUGCGAAAGGCGUCAUUAUAUUGUACUCGCAGCACAUUAAACAAACGUUUUGUAUAUCUCAGCCAAAGUUGACAUGUAUAAAACGUUUACGUGUAUAACGCCUUAAACAACAUUAUCUUGACGUCUCUCGAACAUCCGCCGAACCGCCUUGCGAGCAUAUUGCACCUCACCGCAAGAGCCCUUCUCUCCCUCUCCAUGUCGUCCUCAUCGUUGAGCUGUCCAUUCAAUAUAUGACCCAGAUAUCUGAACCUCGUUACAACCCGAAUUGGCGAAUCAUACAGCCACACCGGUGGAACGUUUACCGGACCUUUUCCGUUCCGAAAAAUAACGACUUCAGUUUUAGCUACAUUAUAUUUCAAUCCAUGUUCCCCAGCAUAGGACUCACAUAUUGAAAGAAGCUUUCGAAGUCCAUUAUAGAAUAUAUAAGAAGUAGUCCAUAUAAGAAGGAGUACUAAUAAUUGUGUUGUAAUUUCUUUUUAAUCUUCAUAUACGAAAACAAUAUUUUAGGCAUUAUGUAUAUUAUAAUAUUUAAUCAAAGUUUGACGUCCGAUAAUAAUCUAUUAAUUGUCUAUUAAUCAUGUAACGGACCUGCAAUUAAAUUUUACGUGUUUCGUCUCACCGUGGAGGAUAAUCACCUGUGGAACACAAAAAAAAAAUAACAGUGCAUUAAAUAACUGAACAGGUUGCUAGAGUAACUAACAGAGUAUGAUGAAAUUAGGUGUUAGAUUAAGUUGUGUAUUUAUCGCGAAUAAAACAGCCUAACCUCGCGCCAACGUUUCUGUUCUGCAAAACUGUACUGUCCUGUUCAGUUAUCGGCAGGGUUUUAGACGGAGAAACGCCUAGAUCUAAGAAAAAUGCCUAUUAUUUAAUGAAUUUUAAUUAUGGUGAUAUUCAACAAUAUAUUAUACUACUUAUAGAUUUAUCAUUUUGUUUUCAAUUGGCUAAUAACAAUUUUACAAUAUUAUUUUUAUACAUUUUUAACAAAUUUCUGUAAUAGUAAGAUAGAGUCUGUGCGGAAAGAGAAUG